UAGUCAAUCCUUUGCCUGCUGGUCGAAGACAUUUCAAUUCUCUGGGGCUGCAUCGCCAUCGACUAUCACAAAGAGGCCAUGAUUCGAUUCUUGCUAGCCUACAAACAUCUCCUCCUUCAGAUUUCACUCUCUCUCUUACUCGGUGUCUUCCUGACUUUGCUCAAGAUCCCCACUGUCUUUCUCCUAGGCCUCCACACCUACAUCCACCCAGAUAACGUUGCUCGCGAUGGUGGCAAUGGUGUCAGAGCCGCCAUUCGCAGGCCCUCGGGGUCAGAUUCAAGCUCUAGUCUCGAGGGUUACAAGAAUAUGACUUCAAAUUCAAAAGUUGAGGUCAAACGGAGAAGCAAAACAAAGGAUAAGUUUGAAUUCGAUGAAAACAAUGCCCAGAUCUUUAGGCUCAAGCUCGAUGAAGCCCAUAUUGAAUCUCGCCUCUAUUUCGAUCAGUAUCGCUACUGCUUUAUUUACUCUAUUGUGGCUGCAUUCUGUCAAUUGUGUUAUUACUACUUAGAUGUAGGUGCAGAUUCUGGGGUUUUCGUAAAUGGGUCUUUGAUUCCUGUUAUCUUAGGGUUUGUGGGUUUGGGCAAAUUGUUUAUUUCGCUUGCAAGGGUUUCAUUUGAGAAUUCUGCGUCAAGGAGAUCGGAAAAGCAAUUGAGUAUGCUCUUUGGGGUUUUGGGUUUUCUCUUUGGUGUUCUGAUUUUGAAUGGCAUUGUUCCUGGAAUUUUCGAUUUUGAUUUUGGUUUAAUUGAUGGGUUUGUGAGGGUUGUUGUUUCCAUUUUAAUGGGCUGCAUUGCUGGGUUUUUGUACAUCCCUGCUGCAAAGAGUGCACGUGCAUUUUGGCUCGGAACAGAUCAGAUAAGGUCCAAUUUGGGGAUGAUUUCCUGUGGAUGGUUUGGUCGAAUAAUUGUAUACACAAAUUAUCUGCUGAUCGUUGUUUCUGCAUUGCUUUGGAUUAAUCCUUUCAUUAAAAUCCUUGUUAUCAAGGACAGAAAUGAUCCUGGAGGAGCGCAUUUGAUCAGUAGUGAAGUAGAUGCUCAAAAGUUGGUUGGAAAUGUGGGUUGGUCGCAGUCAGAAUUCACAAAGCUUAGAGUCUGUUGCUUGUUGGUUUCCAGUUUCCUGCAAAUCAUGGCAUUGCGUCCAAAUGUGCAAAUGUAUUUGAAUGAAGCACUGCUAUCUUGGUACCAACGGUUGCAUGCGAGCAAGGUUCCUGAUUUAGAAUUCAGUAGAGCAAAGGUUUUUCUUCAUAAUCACUACUUAUGUAUGGUAGCUUUGCAGUUUUUUGCACUUCCAGUCCUCGUACUUCUCUUUGUUGGCUUAUCUCAGAUUGAUGGCAACUCUUUCAAAAGUUUUCAUCUCAUGUGUGAUUUCAAGGAAGUCGCCUUGUUCAUGGCUUGGUGGAUAGUCUUUGUUUGGGCGGUUUUCACUUCAGUAACGCUUUUUCUGUAUCGCCGUGGCAUUGUUUAUGUUUCUUGAUGAGUUCCAUUGAUGUUUCUUGGCCUUCAACACUUGAAUCAGUCUUGGCCAUGUAUCUUUUUUGUUCCCAACUUAAGAGAAGAAUGUUUGUUUUGUAAGUGAUCUUAUUCUAUUUGUCAGUAGGAAUUGUAAUACAUGAAGCUAUGAGAAAUACUGUUUUAAGGGUUUGUUGUUAGUCUCA